AUGGCUGAGGGCAGCAGCUCUGCACAACCAGAUCAAGUGUUUACUUCAGCGGACCGGAUCCGGCAGUUGAACGAGGUGGACAAGGAUGUUGCAAAACUAAUUCACUCCGCCGGUCUCGCGAUCCAAGCCCUCACAAACGCCAGAACGGGCGACUCCCCCGAGGACACUUCCCUCGAGUCGCAUAAAACGCGGUUUAAAGAGGCUACGUCGCAGUACUUCGCGCUUCUUUCCUCCAUCGAUGUCAGAUUACGUCGCCAGGUAUACGCUCUGGAGGAAGCUGCUAUCCUAGCGCCGGAAUCGGCCUCGAGGACUGGUGAUCUACCUGGUGCUGGCGGAGGAGGGGCAACGGGUGUUUCAAACCCGUUGGACGUCAGCUGGCUGAAUAGCAGGAAGGACACCGUAGGGAAGGAUAAGGAAGCUGAGCUAUGGGCAGCAGCGAGGCAGUUUGUGGAACAACUUGGCGAUUCCUCAGCUGCGAGGGUGAAGACGGAAGGAGGACAUGAGAUGGAGGUCGAUUGA